UGGUGGUGAUGAUAAUGUAAUGGUAGUUGUGAUGGUGAUGAUGAUGGUGAUGAUAAUGACUCUGAUGAAGGUGAUGAUGGUAGUGGUGAUGAUAAUGUAAUGGUAGUUGUGAUGGUGAUGAUGAUGGUGAUGAUAAUGACUCUGAUGAAGGUGAUGAUGGUAGUGGUGGUGAUGAUAAUGUAAUGGUAGUUGUGAUGGUGAUGAUGAUGGUGAUGAUAAUGACUCUGAUGAAGGUGAUGAUGGUAGUGGUGAUGAUAAUGUAAUGGUAGUUGUGAUGGUGAUGAUGAUGGUGAUGAUAAUGACUCUGAUGAAGGUGAUGAUGGUAGUGGUGGUGAUGAUAAUGUAAUGGUAGUUGUGAUGGUGAUGAUGAUGGUGAUGAUAAUGACUCUGAUGAAGGUGAUGAUGGUAGUGGUGAUGAUAAUGUAAUGGUAAUGGUGAUGGUGAUGGUGGUGAUAAUGACUCUGGUGAAGGUGAUGAUGGUAGUGGUGACGAUGGUAGUGGGGAUGAUGUUGAUAAUGAUGGAUGAUGGUGACAGUGGAGGUGAUGAUGGUGGAGAUAGUGGUGCGAUGAUGGUGAUGUUGGUAGUGAUGGUGGUUUUGGCUAUAUCACAACACUUUGAAAAACAUGUAUUCUCUUUCUUAGAAAGGACAAUUUAUCCACAUCAUGCAGUAUAUAUUCACUGCAAUAUUUACCGUUGAAAUGUCCAUCAAGGUACCGAAUAUUUUCUUCCCUAAACCUUGUGUGAUCCCUUUAUGAUUCUUCAACACUUGACCACAUUUUUGACUGACAAGUUUCUGAAAACUGUAACCGAUAUCUUACAAAAUACCUUACUGACAGAUGACACUAUAGUCUUGAAUUGUAGUUGACUUAACAUCCAAAAACCCCAUUUAGUCCUCCUAAGUAUACUGUAUCGAAUGUGAUGGUAAAAUUUCUCGUACAGGUGAUAUCACUGGGGCUGAUCGUCGGACCCAACACAUAUCUCAGGUCAGGCUGGAAUAUUAUUGAUGGUGUUCUAGUCCUCUUCUCAUUGGUUGAUCUUGUCAUCUCCUUGACAACCAAUAGCCAAAGUGGAAUUCUAGGAGUGUUACGUGUGUUCCGGGCUUUCAGGACUCUUAGACCGUUACGGUAAGGAACCUUCAAUAUCAUUUUAUGAGGAUUUUCCCAUUCUGAUCACUGGAUCAUGACUGGAUGGCAUGGAGAACAGUGAGAUUUUCAAAACAAUGAAAAGAUAAUGGAACAUUCUGAUCACUGGAUCAUGACUGGAUGUUCACUAUUUAUAUUAAGUUGCAAAGGACUAUUCCACCUAACCUCUGACAUUGCCGAGAAAGAUAAUAUCGUUUAAAUUUCUUGUACUUAGUGUGAUAAAUCGAGCUCCUGAACUGAAGUUGGUCGUGGAAACAUUGCUGAGUUCUUUGAAACCAAUUGGAAACGUUGUUUUAAUCGCUGCUACCUUCUUUACUAUUUUCGGAAUUUUGGGUGUUCAGGUAUGAUUUGAAUUGUGGACAUGUUCAUUGUUUUGGUCAAUUUUGUGUACUGGUCUAACAAUUAGGUUUCAGAACACUGAGGUCAUGUACCAGCCAGCACUGAAACAGGACCCUCUUGUCACGAUAGACAAUACCCCUCUAAAUACUGUGUUAAAAUUUUUGUUUGUUGAGCAAAUACGUAUGUUUACCCUUACAGCUAUUCAAGGGCAAGUUUUAUUCUUGUCAUGAUGUGUCAUCGACUAUCGACAUCAAAAACAAAUCACAGUGUCUUUCAAACGCGGGCAAGUGGUUAAACAAUGAAUACAAUUUUGAUCAUUUAGCUCGUGUAAGUAAUUGUAUUUUGUUAUGAUUUCCCAAUACACAAUUUCUCAACUAAAUCGUGAUCUGUACUCAUGCGUUGUAAGAUACGAUCAUAUCUAGAGAGAACAGUUAGGAACUGUCCAGUAUAAAUGAAGUUAGUUUAGUUUUAAGUUUCCUCCUUUAGUAACACUGGAUCAAUAAAACAUGACCUUUACUGGACCUCUAGGAAAAACAGUUUAGAACUGAUAGAGCUAUCUAAUAUAAAUAAAGUUAGUUUAGUUUAGGUUUCCUCCUGUAGUAACACUGGAUCAAUAAGACAUGAUCAUUACUGGACCUCUAGGAAGAACAGUUUAGAACUGAUAGAGCUAUCCAACAUAAAUAAAGAUACUUUAGUUUAGGUUUUCUCCUGUAGUAACACUGGAUCAAUAGGAGAUGAUCCUUACUGGACCUCUAGGAAGAACAGUUUAGAACUGAUAGAACUAUCCAGCAUAAAUAAAGUUAGUUUAGUUUAGGUCUCUUCCUGUAGUAACACUGGAUCAAUAAGAGAUGAUCCUUACUGGACCUCUAGGAAGAACAGUUUAGAACUGAUAGAACUAUCCAGUAUAAAUAAAGUUAGUUUAGUUUAGGUUUCCUCCUGUUGUAACACUGGAUCAAUAAGAGAUGAUCCUUACUGGACCUCUAGGAAGAACAGUUUAGAACUGAUAGAACUAUCCAGUAUAAAUAAAACCAAUUAUUUGAUAACUUUAAUUUUUAGGCAUUGUUAACACUUUUUGUGUUCGCAACACGGGAUGGUUGGGUUUCUAUAAUGUACUCGGGCGUUGAUGCCGUGGGGCCCGAUCAACAACCUCAACGUGAUUACGCGAAGUGGAACGUUUUAUAUUUCGUCGCAUUUUUAUUGCUCGCUGGCUUUGUUGUUCUCAAUAUGUUGGUUGGGAUAGUCGUCGAGAAUUUUCAUAAAUGUCGAAAUGAAUUGUUGAAAGAACAAAAUGCCGAAAAAAGUGAAAAAAUUGAGGUGAAAAACACGUCAAGAAGUAAUUCAAGUAAGCUUACCAGUAAAUAUAUAUCAUGAUGAUUGUGAGGGAAUGGUGGCGAUGAUGGUGGUGGUGUCACUGGUGGUGGUGGUGAUGUGAUGUUGAUAGUGGGGGAAUGGUGGUGACGGUAGUGUUGUUGAUACUGGUGGUGGUGAUUUCAUGAUGAUGGUGGGGGAAUGGUGGCGAUGGUGGUGGUGAUGAUACUGGUGUGGUGAUGGUGAUAAUACUGGGUGAUGGUGAUGAUGAUGAAGAAGAUAAUGAUGGCGAUAAUGUGGAUGAUCCAAUCCCAGCCCAACAAACGUUUGAAUUUUUGUGUUUAGUUUCAGAUAUAGAUUAUGAAGGAUUUCCACCUUGGAGACAGAAAAUUUUCUUGCUGGUUACUCAUGAUUAUUUUGAUUUGGCCAUCGCUGUUGUUAUUGGUAUCAAUGUGUUGUGUAUGGCCAUGGAACAUUAUGAUCAACCCGAGGUAUUAAUAUAGUAGCAUAGUCCGUUGUGCUACCUUCCUACAGCAUCCCAUUGUAUAUUAUACAACAGGAAAUCAUUCCAAGUCAUAACAUUAUAUACAUGAGCGUGCUUAUGAGACAGCACAAUACGGGAUUCUCAUAAGCACGCUCAUAUAUGUACCAAAAUCCAGUGUGCUCGUGAGCACGACCAUUAGCCGAUUUUUAUAUAUAUAUGAGCGUGCUUAUGAGACACCACAAUACGAGAUUCUCAUAAGCACGCCAUAUAUGUACCAAAAUCCAGUAUGAGCACGACCAGUAUGAGCACGACCAGUAUCAGCGGAUUUUUGUACAUAUAUGAGCGUGCUUAUGAGACAGCACAAUACGAGAUUUUUAUAAGCACGCCUAUAUAUGUACCAAAAUCCAGUCUGCUCAUGAGCACGACCAGUAUCAGCGGAUUUUGGUAUAUAUAUGAGCGUGCUUAUGAGACAGCACAAUACGAGAUUUUUAUAAGCACGCCUAUAUAUGUACCAAAAUUCAGUAUGCUCAUGAGCACGACCAGUAUCAGCGGAUUUUGGUAUAUAUAUGAGCGUGCUUAUGAGACAGCACAAUACGAGAUUCUCAUAAGCACAUCCAUGUAUGUACUAAAAUCCAGCAUACUAUACCAUACCAAACCAUACCAUACCAUAACCAUACCAUACCAUAAUAACCAUACCAAACCAUACCAUACCAUACCAUACCAUACCAUACCAUACAAAAACGUAAAACAUAACUACACAAACAAUAAUUCUUACGGAUCCUUUGUAUUUUAUUCUAUUUUCUAGAACCUAACCCUGUUCCUCAAGUACGCUAAUUAUGUUUUCACCAUCAUGUUUAUCAUCGAAGCUAUUUUGAAAAUACUUGCUCUUGGUUUUAAAAACUAUUUCAGAAACAGGUACCGCAUUUUUGGCUGCUUGCAGUUAGGUAAAAUUAUGGAUGUAGUUUUCGCUAUAAAUUCCCUCGCAUAGAAAUCCUUUACACAGUAACUGGGUUGGUCUGGUUUAAUGAAGUGUUUUAGAUUAAGAGUAUUGUGGUGACGAUUUUUUUAGGUGGAACUCUUUGGACAUGAUGAUAGUGGUUCUCUCUAUUGGUGGAAUAAUCUUAGACGAACUCGCCACGUCUAACUUUCCCAUGAAUCCAACCAUUAUCCGUGUGAUGAGAGUGUUGAGAAUUACAAGAGGUAAAAUAUGUUUCAAAAUUUGUCAUUAUGAACACUUUGCAUAGCAAUGGUGCCAUCCAGUGAUCGAUAGUUCAAUUUCUAGCUUCAAUUUAAUGUAGGGGAUGUCUCGUUCUGCAUGGACCUCCAGAGAGAACUGAUAGAGCUGUUCAGUAUAAAUAAAGUUAGUAUAGUUUAGAUUUCCUCCUGUUGUAACACUGGAUCAAUAAGAGAUGAUCCUUACUGGACCUCUAGGAAGAACAGUUUAGAACUGAUAGAGCUAUCCAGUAUAAAUAAAGUUAGUUUAGGUUUCCUCCUGUAGUAACACUGGAUCAAUAAGAGAGGAUCCUUACUGGACCUCUAGGGAGAACAGUUUAGAACUGAUAGAGUUAUCCAAUAUUAAAUAAAGUUAGUUUGCCUUGGUUGACAGCAACAUCACUUGCACAUUUUUGACGUGUGAUUUUCAUUCAAAUAAUUUCUUAUCUAGUUCUCAAGCUCCUCAAAACAGCGGAAGGAAUUCGUUCGUUGUUGGACACGGUUGGGAAAGCUCUGCCUCAAGUAAGGAUUUCACAAUAUUCAAAUACUGAAAUCCAAAUAGUGUAUGAAUCUCUGCAUUGUUAUUUCAUAAAGUAGUCUUGUAAAGAAAGUGCAAUAAAUGAAACACUUCGUUUCAGGUUGCGAACCUUGGGAUGUUGUUCUUACUUCUUUUCUUCAUAUUCGGAGCGUUGGGAAUGGAAUUGUUUGGAAAUAUAUGUGAGUAUCAUCAGAAUUUAGAUUUUGUUAUGUCUGAUACACGAGUCACGUUUCACAUUCUGUCGACAUAGUAAUCUAAGGUACUGAUUGUUUUUUUAUGCAACACUUCCCCUAGAAUUGGGUUGAUUCGAAAGAUGUGCAAGUAUACAAGUUGAGGCUUAACGUUGCGCCAGAUUUUAAAAUUCAACGUUAAGUUAGAAUCAGUGUUAACAGGUGUUCGAAGAAUAAAAUUGAAAUAUACAUAAAUAUUUUUAUUUUUCCGUUCAAUUUCAGCUUGCGAAAAAGUUGAAUGCGAAGGUUUGGACACUCAUGCACAUUUCAGAAACUUUGGUUAUUCUGUCUUGACUUUAUUCCGAGUAUCAACUGGUGACAACUGGAAUGGAAUAUUGAAGGUAGAUAAAAAUCAACGCUCUUUUUAUACUGGAUAGCUCUAUCAGUUCUAAACUGUUCUUCCUAGAGGCCCAGUAAGGAUCAUCUCUUAUUGAUCCAGUGUUACUACAGGAGGAAACCUAAACUAAACUAACUCUAUUUAUACUGGAUAGCUCUAUCAGUUCUAAACUGUUCUUCCUAGAGGCCCAGUAAGGAUCAUCUCUUAUUGAUCCAGUGUUACUACAGGAGGAAACCUAAACUAAACUAACUUUAUUGAUACCAGAUAGCUCUAUCAGUUCUAAACUGUUGUUCCUAGAGGUCCCAUCAAACCAUCAUUUCUUUAUUUUCUAGGACACGAUAGACUCCAAACGGUGUGAAACAGGCGAGAUCGAAGGCUGUGAAAUCAUUCAAAAUAUCGCUCCAAUAUACUUCGCCGCGUUCGUCUUAAUUACACAAUUUGUUCUGCUCAACGUAGUCGUCGCUGUCAUGAUGAAACAUCUUGAAGAAUCGAAAUUCGAAGAAGCCAAUACUAUAAAGAACCACAGUCCUGGAACACCGAGGUUAUUUCUAGGAAAACGAACCCCAGACACUCCUAGAAGAUCUAGGAAUUCUCCUCGGUUGUCCAAAGGAUCUUUGCGGUCGCGGAAAAACGAGAGUGGAAUAUUGAAAAAGAAAGGGUCUCUAAGUGUUGAUGGCGCCCAACGACGGACGAAAAGUCUAGACGAAAUACGGAAUAAUAAUUUGCACUUGAGUUAUAAUUCUGGCUCUGAUUCGGAUUGUUGCUUCGAAGAUUUAAACCGUGAAAAAGUUAGCAAAGUUUCCAGUGAUUUGAGGCAAAGGAAACCAUCCGUGGAUAAUGAAAAUUAUUAUGUGGAAAUGCCUGUAAUAAAAAAAGACCAAAUUUCUGAAAAAUCUAAGAGUCCUAAUCAAGUUUUGGAAAUUGUUGAAGUGGGCGACAGUGAGUGCUCGGCACCGUUAGUGAAGACCUCGGAACCAUUCGUGAAGUCUUCGGAACUAUUCGUGGAAUCCUCAGAACCAAUUGUGAAGGUCUCGGGAUCGCUCGUGGAGGACUCGGGAGCGCUCGUAAAGCAGGAGAAAAAUGAGAAGACAGACAAAGUGCCGAAAGACGAUAUAGGAAUGAAAGAGAAAGAUAAUAAAGCAGACAGAUUACAGAAUGAAACGAAAGAAAUGAAUGAAACUGACAGAACGAGGAGGAAGGGAAAUAAACGAAUGAAGAAGAAGGAUAGGUUAAAAUAUGAAGAGAAAGAAAGGUUUGAUACCAAACCAUCAGAGCAAAGCAUUGAGGGACAGUCGAAUCAAGUUGAACGGGAAGUCAAGGAUGAAAUUAGCAAAGAUAGCAAGAUAAAACAAGCUGAUGUCUCGAAAGAAAGGAGAGGAGAUCAAGAAGAGAACAACAAAGAAACAUCACAAGAAGAUGUAGGGAAAAGAGAGUUUGGUGAUGAUGUAAUUGAUGGGAAAGAUGGUCAGAAUAUACCAUUGAGAAAACUUGGGGGAAAUCUUCAAGAAGCAAGGCAUUUGAAUGUGAAGGACAAUUUGAAUGAAACAACGAAUAUAGAACAGAAUUUAAAGCAAACACAUGAUCAGAAAAGACUAGCGUUUGAAGAACUUGCAAAGAACAGACAAAACAUCGAGCAGGACUCGGAAACUGAAAUCAAAUCUCACGAGGGCAGGGGAAGUCAGGAGCACAAAGAGACAUUUGGGUUAAUGGAUAAUAAAAGUGGAAAACAGGAAUCACAUAAGGAGCUUUUAAAGUUAAAUGAAGGAUUGAACCUGACGAAUAAUAAUCAGAACGAAUCCCAAGCGAACUUGAUGGAGAAUAACAAUCAAAGACAGAGUUCACAAGAAGGGGUUUCUAAGAUUUCAGACUCGCAACAAGAGGGAAAUACAAGGACGCGAUUUCACGGCAUAAGGCUGGAACCUUUGCCAGAUAAUGUUACUAAAUUAACACCGGCUAGCAAUGAAUGAUGGGAAAUAAAUGAUCGCACAGGAAACAAAGAAAUGAGAAUAUACCAAUUGACAGUUUCAGUUGCGCUGGGAUUAAAUGUUUACAUAAUUUAUAUGUCGAAACUGUGAAUUGCAAACAAGCAAAUUCUCAAUGAACCAUAACCUUUUCAGACACAUUGUGUUGAGAUUCUAUGCCGGGUAUUUUAAAACGGUCGUAAUUGCACGUAGUUUUUUUUUUAGGAAAAUAAAAUAUAGAUUUUAGAGAAAAUUUUGGGUACUUGAGCUUCAUAAAAUAUUUUUUAUAAACUGUUUCUGGAAGAUAAUUUGUGUCUUUAAAAAAGUGAAGUGACUGAUUUUAAAGUGGCUUUCAGUAAGCACUCUCGUGCAGCAGAACAGAUGGUGGUCAACCUGCAGUUAUCACAGUGAGAAAAUAAUUUGAGUUGUUUUCAUUUUAAGGAGUAGUUUUUGGAAGUAAUGAAAUUUAAUUGAGAACGCU